GCACUGAGUCGUUGGCACAAGGACUGGAAGUCCCUUUUCGAAGAAUAUGUGCGUGACGGGCUGGCUAACAUGGAGUGAGGAGAGGCACAAUGAUGAAUUAUACCGAUCAUGUUCGGGAUGAAUGCGGAAGAAAAAGACGUGUUCAAAGUGUUGUUGUUCUUAUCGCUAUUGUUUGCACCAUGUAUAAACAUUGUUCCUAUAUAUCUUAUCCACAUGACUUUCAUGUUCUGCCGUGUCUGCACCUUUGUUGAUGCUGUAGGACUGUUGCUAGUACGUGUUCGCCGUUUAAGACUGAUGAAGAGAUCCCCACCUCUGCCGCGCGCUCAACACUUCGCGGAACUGACCCAUCGGGGACACUGGCAUCGCAUCUGUCUAAAAGUAGCGCUUUGCCACGCGUUGCACCGCGGGUAAAGUGGCACUCAGUUUUCAAGCAACGGCGCUUCCCGAGUAUCAAUCUAUUCACCGCAUUUGAAUGGUGUUGCAAUUGAAUCCGCAAUGCCACCUCAAGCUAUGACGAAUUGGUGAACCUUAACUUGUACGAAUUUGCGAGAGUACUGUCGUGGC